UGCCGGUUGGGGGCGGUCUUGCAGUCACUCGUUAACAACCAGGAAGAAGCCCAGCUGGGCAGCAUCAUGCCCGCUGCUGUGACCAUGGAGGAGAAUUUUGAUAAAUUAUUGGAGCAGUGUGAAGCUCAGGAGCUGGAGGCUCCAGGGGGCAUUGCGACACCUCAGGUCUACGCUCAGAUGCUGGCUCUGUAUCUGGUCAAUAAUGACAUGAAUAACGCCAGGUAUCUAUGGAAGAGAAUCCCUCAGGCAAUAAGAUCCGCCAACCCUGAAUUAAGCGCUAUCUGGGUCGUCGGCCAGCGCAUUUGGCAGAGAGACUUCCCAGGGAUCUACACGGCCAUCGCAGCCCACCAGUGGUCAGAGAACAUUCUUCCGGUCAUGGAGGCCCUCAGAGAGAGCACCAGACAAAGGGCCUACAGCCUGGUGGCGCAGGCGUACACCUCCAUCACAGCAGAAGAUUUGGCUGCCUUCGUUGGAUACUCUGUGGAAGAGGCGGUGAAGGGUGUGGUGAGUCAAGGCUGGCAGGCAGACCCUGCAACCAGGAUGGUAAUGCCCAAGAAGCCAGAUCUUCCCCCGGUCUCGCUGGUUCCAAACGAGCAGCAGUUGGCCCGACUCACCGACUACGUGGCUUUCCUGGAGAACUGAUAUUCUGCCUGUCUGAAGGCUUGUCACCUGUCUGGUGCUGAAGGAGGAGAGCCGGGAUAAGACUGUGUUCCUCCUGAUGAAGAUGCACCAUAAACAGCUUGCAUGACACAUGUUGGGUUUAACCCGAGACCCGGAUUGUACCAUUAAAACCUGGCCCCACUCAGA